GGGAGCGGGCGAGUAGGAGGGGGCCCCGGGCUAUAUAUAUAGCGGCUCGGCCUCGGGCGGGCCUGGCGCGCAGGGAGGCGCGCACUGCUCCGCAGGGUCCCAGCUCCAGCCGCGCGCUUUACGCCCGGCUCGCCGCUCCAUGCAGCCGGGGUAGCGCCCGGCGCCCGGGGGCCCCGUCGCUCGCCUCCCGCUCCUCCUCGGCUACGCAUUCCCGCACGAGCUCGGCUGUGCGCUCCCGCGGGCCGCCACAGGCGCAGCUCUGCCCCCCAGCUUCCCGGGCGCACGGACCGCCUGACGGACGCACGGCCCUCGGGCCGGGAUGUCGGGGCCCGGGACGGCCGCGGCGGCGCUGCUCCCGGCGGUCCUGCUGGCCUUGCUAGCGCCCUGGGCCGGCCGAGGGGGCGCCGCCGCACCCACCGCACCCAACGGCACGCUGGAGGCCGAGCUGGAGCGCCGCUGGGAGAGCCUGGUGGCGCGCUCGUUGGCGCGCCUGCCGGUGGCAGCGCAGCCCAAGGAGGCGGCCGUCCAGAGCGGCGCCGGCGACUACCUGCUGGGCAUCAAGCGGCUGCGGCGGCUCUACUGCAACGUGGGCAUCGGCUUCCACCUUCAGGCGCUCCCCGACGGCCGCAUCGGCGGCGCGCACGCUGACACCCGCGACAGCCUGCUGGAGCUCUCGCCGGUGGAGCGGGGCGUGGUGAGCAUCUUCGGCGUGGCCAGCCGGUUCUUCGUGGCCAUGAGCAGCAAGGGCAAGCUCUAUGGCUCGCCCUUCUUCACUGAUGAGUGCAAGUUCAAGGAGAUUCUCCUCCCCAACAACUAUAAUGCCUACGAGUCCUACAAAUACCCGGGCAUGUUCAUCGCCCUGAGCAAGAAUGGGAAGACCAAGAAGGGGAAUCGAGUGUCGCCCACCAUGAAGGUCACCCACUUCCUCCCCAGGCUGUGACCCUCCAGAGGACCCUUGCCUCAGCCUCGGGAAGCCCCCCGGAGGGGAGUGCCGAGGGCCACCUUCGUGCACUUUCUUCGGAUGAAGAGUUUAAUGCAAGAGUAGGUGUAAGAUAUUUAAAUUAAUUAUUUAAAUGUGUAUAUAUUGCCACCAAAUUAUUUAUAGUUCUGCGGGUGUGUUUUUUAAUUUUCUGGGGGGAAAAAAAGACAAAACCAAAAACAAAAAACCAACUCUGACUUUUCUGGUGCAACAGAGAAUCUUACCACUGGAUUUCUUUAACUUGU